AUGAGCUCCUUUCCAUUUGGUGAUAUUCCCGUAAUCAAAACCCGAAAGGCCUUGCUCCUCCUCGAUUUUCAGAAUGACUUCACAUUGCCGGCCCUGGCGGCGGCAUUCCGCAAAGUUGGCGAUGUGAUCUGGGUGCGCUCUUUGUACGAGUCCCCCCAGGCUAUCAGCAACUGGGCAUUUGGCGACCGCAUUGUGCUGGGCAAUGAGCCCCCGCGACGACGGGCAAUGCCCCAGUCCGAUGUAAUCGAGGCUGAAUCGGACCAGGACUCUCGAGACCCUGUCGAAAACGAAGCCUUCCUGUCCACCAGCUCGCCUAGAUGCUGUGCGGCCCAGACGCCGGGGUUUCAAUUCCCCGCGCCUGUGCUCGCUGCCAUAGACCCCGAUCAGGAUAUCGUGCUAGAUAAGUCUGCGUAUUCUGCUCUGGAGUCCAAAGAUCUAGUGCUCCGUUUUCGGACUCGCUUUGUGACAGAGGUGUACAUUGGCGGAUCUCUGUCAAAUAUCUCAGUAUAUGCGACCGCAUUAGAUGCCGUGCACAAUGGUUUUGCAGUCACCUUAGUCGAGGAUUGCUUGGGGUUUCGUGAUUUCGGACGCCAUCGCGAGGCCAUGCGCCGCAUGGCAGAUAUCCUGGGAGCUACUGGCCUGAGCACUGAUGAGCUUUUGCAAGAGCUGGAUUGGCAGGAGACAAACACGAUCGCCCGGGCACCCGCGCCCGCACCAAGACGAGUUGACGGGGCCUCGGUUGGCCUUGAAGGUAUCCUGGAGAGCUUCGGAGUCCAUGCUGAGGAAGAGCCGCCGAAUGAUCCCCAAGAAGACAAGGUGAACAGUAUUGCUGAACUGAUAUCAAGAACACGAGCACAUCGCGCUGCUGUGGGGUACAGGAGGCCUCCUGACAAGCCCUCUUCUGACAGCAAAAUGAAACCACGUGUACGGGUUCGUCGGUCCAAACGUCAAGAGACACCAGACCAGGAGGCACAACACAAUCACUCGUCCAACCAACCAACUCCGGCUACUAUGGGUUCCAGCUCUGAUUUCGGCGAAGGGGACUCUCGUCUGGUACCAGAGCUUGAUCUUCCGGAUGGGAUUUUCGAUCGCCUCUUGGAGGAGGUCUCGUGGCAGAAGAUGUUCCAUCUCUCGGGGCAGGUGCCACGACUAGUAGCUGUGCAAGGCCACGUUCACCCGGAUGGUGCGAUACCCAUAUAUCGACACCCAGCCGAUGAAUCUCCGCCGCUGAAGGAAUUCACGCCCGCCGUCGACCAAGCCCGAGUAGCCGCAGAACAGGCUGUUGGUCAUCCAUUGAACCAUGUGCUUAUCCAGCUCUAUCGCGAUGGCCAAGACAAUAUCUCGGAGCAUUCUGAUAAAACAUUGGACAUCACUCGAGGCUCGUUCAUCUGCAAUGUGAGUCUGGGAGCCCAACGCUCCAUGACACUGCGGACCAAAACUUCUGCUGCAUCUAUCGAAGGCACGGAACCUGCACGAGUCACGCAGCGGGUCCCAUUGCCACACAAAUCCCUUUUUGUGCUGGGCGAGAAGACCAACAUGCGAUGGCUACAUGGCAUCAGACCAGAUAAACGCCCAGCGUACACCAAGUCUCCAGAAGAGCAAGCCUUUGGUGGCCAGAGAAUUUCCCUCACGUUCAGACAUAUCGGCACCUAUCUAGAUCCACAUGCUAAUGUCAUCUGGGGCCAGGGUGCCGUGAGCAAGACUCGCGACCAAGCUCGCCCAAUAAUUCAUGGUCACCCUCAAGAGACAGAACGGUUGAUCCGUGCAUUCGGACACGAAAACAAAGCCAGCGAAUUUGACUGGGAUGCGGUCUACGGCAGUGGAUUUGACGUGGUGAAUUUCGUCACUGCGUCUCCUCCAGCACAACUUGUCCUGAGCGGAGACCCAGUGGCAGAUUUGCGGGUGCGUAUGGGGCUCGGGGAAAAUGGUCUCCGUUAUGAAGUCAGCAACGCCGCCAUGGCCGGUGAAGACAGCAACAAGAGCCCACUGCCCCGGUACACAGAUCCCCAGGGCUUAACUGAACUGAAAUCCUCCGCGGUGGGAGUCAUCUCUCAUGGAUCCAAGAAUUACUCGAAUAUUCGCGGGAGAGCAGCCCUGGCAAGCCCUCCGGGGGGGUUCGAAUUUGCCCUCCGUCACUGGGAGCGUGGCUUAGAGGGGCAGCACUACCUUGGAGGGACCGUUUUCAGUAUCGAUGACUGCGCGCUCUGGCCGGUCUUGCGGGAAAUAGUCCAGACCCAUGGACCUUUCGAUGCACGUCUCAGCAACUUGCACCAGUACUACCAACGUGUGGAGAAGAGGGGCAUCGUGCGAGUCAUUAUGGAUGAGACCCAGUGA